UACAGAAAAGAAAGAUUAGUAGCAUUGGAAUUUGGAACAAAUGUCUCGCUACUUUUCUUUUUGUUUUCAGGCCCUUUUCUUUCCUUUUGAUUCAUAGAUUCAUCUUUGACCUCUCUAGGACUCUCUCUCCCCCUCUCUCUCGGCGUACAUAUAUACGCUGCCUCGCCGGCGAUCACGUUACAUCUUCGCCGGAGAUCAAGCUCACCCCGCCAGACAGCUUUGAUCUCCGUCCUCUUCAAUCUCGACUCUCCUCAUAGUGAAACUAUUGACGGUCAAUUAGUGAAUUCAACGGCGGUGAGAAAUAGAGCUGUUUAGUCAAAAUACAAUCAAAAACGGCUUUGAAAACACUAAUUGCUGAUUCAAUUGAUAGAUCUAAGAGGCUGCGGUGAGUUCUAGGGCUGAGUGUUAUCGAAAAUCGUGUAGAUUUUGAGAUAUAUUUGAGUAAUAGGAGUUGCCGUUGGGGGACUGGUGAAGAGAGUUGAUGGUAGUGUACGGCACACGGUUUUUGACUUUUGAUGACGACCGGAACUCUUCGGAGGUGGCGGUGGUGUACUGGUGAAUCUCUCUCAUGGAAUGGCAGAUCUCGCGAGCUCCGCUAAUGCUGAUAAUAUUGAACAGGCACUAGUUACUUUAAAGAAGGGUUCUCAACUACUUAAAUAUGGCCGAAAGGGAAAGCCAAAAUUUUGUCCAUUCAGACUUUCUUAUGAUGGUUCUUCCUUGAUCUGGUUCUCUAGUAGCGGCGAAAGAGUAUUAAAGUUAGCUUCAGUUUCAAGAAUCAUUCCUGGACAAAGAACUGCUGUAUUUCAACGGUAUCUUCGUCCUGAAAAGGACUAUUUGUCAUUUUCUCUCAUAUACAACAACGGGAAACGGUCACUUGAUUUGAUCUGCAAGGAUAAAGCAGAGGCUGAGUUGUGGAUUGCAGGCCUCAAAUCCUUAAUAUCUUCAGGGCAAGGUGGACGCUCCAAAAUUGAUGGAUGGAGUGAUGGAGGCCUCUACCUUGAUGAUAGUAAAGACUUGACAUCAAAUAGUGCAAGUGAUAGUGCUGCUCGAGAUAGUAGUUCUCCAGACGUUUCUCUCAGUUCCAACAAAAAUUCUCCAAAGGAUUAUCGUCCCAAGAAGUCUGUCCAUUCUGAAGGGUCACAUGUAGCUCUGGAUCAAACCAACAUGCAAGUAAAGGGAUCAGGUUCAGAUGCCUUCCGUGUCAGUGUUUCUAGUGCCCCCAGCACCUCAAGUCACGGUUCGGUACCAGAUGACUAUGAUGCUUUAGCUGAUGUGUACAUAUGGGGUGAGGUAAUAUGCGAUAAUCUUGUUAAGUCAGAUAGUGAUAAAAUUAGUGAUUCUAUAACCACCAGAACUGACAUCCUCCUACCAAGACCCCUGGAAUCCAAUGUAGUGUUGGAUGUACACCAUAUAGCCUGUGGGGUAAGGCAUGCUGCUCUAGUCACGAGGCAGGGUGAAGUUUUUACUUGGGGAGAAGAAUCUGGAGGACGACUUGGCCAUGGCGUUCGUAAAGAUAUUACCCAACCUCAAUUAGUUGAAUCUCUAACUGCUUGCAAUGUAGAUUUUGUUGCUUGUGGUGAAUUCCACACCUGUGCUGUUACAAUGGCUGGAGAAAUUUACACUUGGGGAGAUGGUACACAUAAUGCCGGGUUGCUUGGGCAUGGCACUGAAGUCAGUCACUGGAUACCCAAGAAAAUAUCUGGUCCUCUCGAUGGACUUCAAAUUGCUAUGGUUACUUGUGGUCCAUGGCACACAGCGUUGGUCACGUCAACUGGACAAUUAUUUACAUUUGGUGAUGGAACUUUUGGUGUUUUGGGCCAUGGAGACAGAGAAAGUGUUCCAUAUCCAAGGGAAAUAGAAUCUCUCUCGGGUUUGAGGACAAUUGCUGUUGCUUGUGGAGUAUGGCACACUGCUGCUGUAGUUGAAGUUAUUGUUACACAGUCUAGUUCAAGCGUAUCGUCUGGGAAAUUGUUUACUUGGGGCGAUGGUGACAAAAAUCGUUUAGGACAUGGAGACAAGGAUGCCCGACUCAAACCUACGUGCGUGCCAGCUCUUAUUGAUUAUGAUUUUCAGAAAGUUGCUUGUGGGCACAGUUUGACUGUAGGUUUGACCACAUCGGGACAUGUUUUUACAAUGGGAAGCACCGUGUAUGGUCAACUUGGCAAUCCUCAGUCUGAUGGUAAGGUACCUUGCUCGGUAGAUGAUAAGCUAUCUGGAGAGUUUGUUGAAGAGAUUGCUUGUGGAGCUUAUCAUGUAGCUGUAUUAACAUCUAGGAAUGAGGUCUAUACGUGGGGUAAAGGAGCUAAUGGGAGGUUGGGUCAUGGAGAUAUUGAAGAUCGGAAAACACCCAAUUUAGUUGAAGCUUUGAAAGAUAGACACAUUAAGUACAUAUCUUGUGGUUCAAAUUACACUACAGCUAUCUGUCUCCAUAAAUGGGUUUCUGGUGCUGAGCAGUCUCAGUGUUCUGCUUGUAGGCAAGCUUUUGGAUUUACUAGGAAGAGGCACAACUGCUAUAACUGUGGGCUUGUGCACUGUCACUCUUGCAGUUCUAAAAAAGCAUUGAGGGCAGCAUUGGCUCCCAACCCUAGCAAACCAUAUCGUGUGUGUGAUUCCUGUUUUGUGAAACUGAAUAAAAUGACAGAAGCUGGUGGAAGUAUAAGAAAAAACGCUAUACCACGCCUUUCAGGUGAAAAUAAGGACCGGUUAGACAAGUCUGAACUUCGAUUGGCAAAGUUUGGGGUACCGUCCAAUUUGGACCUGAUCAAGCAGUUAGAUAGCAAAGCAGCUAAGCAAGCUAAAAAAUCUGAUACCUUCUCAUUAAACCGUUCCUCGCAGGCUCCUUCCCUGUUACAACUAAAAGAUGUUGUAUUGUCCACUGCCAUUGAUAUUCGACGAACUAUUCCCAAGUCCCAGCCUACUUCAUCUGGUGUUAGUUCCAGGUCGGUGUCACCAUUUUCUAGAAAGCCAAGCCCUCCACGUUCAGCAACACCUGUUCCUACAACAUCAGGACUUUCAUUUUCAAAGAGUGUUGCUGAUAGUUUAAAGAAAACAAAUGAUCUAUUGAAUCAGGAAGUGUUUAAGUUACGUCGGCAGGUGGAAAGUUUGAGAAAUCAAUGUGAACUACAAGAAAAAGAGCUUCAGAAAUCAACACAGAAAACGCAAGAAGCGAUGGCAUUGGCUGCUGAGGAAUCUUUAAAAUCAAAAGCUGCGAAAGAUGUAAUUAAGUCGCUCACUUCACAGCUCAAAGACAUGGCUGAGAGAUUGCCGCCUGGUGCUUAUGACGCCGAAAGCCUUAGGCUUGCCUGCUUGCCAAAUGGCUUGGAUCGAGACAGUGGACACCAUCUGGAAACAAAUGGAGAGCGAAAUUUAAAAUCUGAUUCAAUAAACAGCUCCGAUGUUGUUUCUCACGUGGGCUUGGAAACUGGUUCAGUCAAUGAAGCGGGUGACCCUUCUGAACUGCCUAAAGAUUUGGCAGGGUGCAAUGGUAUUAGUUCCGGUAAUAGCCAGGAUCUCUUGACACCCAAUGAAAGGGAAGAUUUUUCGGAUCAUAAACUUCCUAAUAGUAACGGAGGGGUGCAAGGGGAAAGUAACAGUGUCUUAUCUGGUCCAGACAAGGAAUCUGGGCAUUUUCAUGGUGCCGAGAAUGGCAUGAAACAAAGAAAUCUGACUGUGCCUGCUAAUCCAAAUCAAGUUGAGGCUGAAUGGAUAGAGCAGUAUGAACCUGGUGUGUAUAUAACACUGGUAGCACUACAAGAUGGAACUAGGGAUCUCAAGAGGGUUCGCUUCAGUCGAAGAAGAUUUGGAGAGCACCAAGCAGAGACUUGGUGGUCAGAGAACCGGGAAAAGGUAUACCAGAAAUACAAUGUUAGAGGAUAGAACUUGUCAUCAGUAUCAGGUCUGAAUGAUCGUACUCCCAGAGGAGCUAUUUAGCUGUCAAGCCAGUAUUGGAAGUCUCUUCCAGUAAACAUUCUUUUGGCAUAUCAAAGUAGGUUCAAAGCUGAGAAAAGCGAAGGGAGUUGUAGAUCCUUCUUUUUAAUUCCCGUCACUUCUUCAAUAAUUAUUCUCUUUUUUAAUUAAUUGUUAAGCAUGUCAGGCCUCCAAAUAUAUGCUGUAGUCAUGUAGUGUACAUAUCUCCAACUUAUAGUUUCGGGAAAUUUUUGGUUCUGUAUUUCAGCAGGUUCUUUGGAAGGUGGAAACCCCCAAUUUAAUCAGACUUUGUUGGUUUAAACUUCCAAACGGGACCCUUGAAAAUAUUAGGAGGAUCUGGAAUGUUGAUAAAUAUUAUUCUUUCUUUUUUU